AUGCCGUGUAAACUGACCAUAGACACUGGAGCCUUUGUUAAUUCCCAACUUAUAAGUCAGUUCCUUGGGGACUCCUCAUACAACCAAGAACUCAUUCGUUUGGUAACAGCCACCGGUCAGCGUAUACCCGUCCGUGGAGAGAAGGAGAUGGAGUUGAAGCUAGGCAACGUGACCUACCUGCAUAAUGUCAUCGUGGCUGAUAUAAUGGACGACUGCAUCCUGGGCCUAGACUUUAUGAGGAAUAAUUGUUGUGAGAUCGACGUUAAGAAAGGUGUUUUUAAAUGUGGACAGGAGGAACUUUUUAUGGAAGGUGCGUUACCAGGGAACGUGCACAGCAUUAAGAAGAUUGUUCUUCCGCCGAGAUCGGAAACGAUUGUGCCGUUAGUCUUCCUCGAAACGCUGGGCAAGCUCACCGUUGUGUACUUGUGGAAAGGGUAA